UUGUCUCUUUGUAGGUCGAGCGUUUGGUUGACAAUGCUUUAUUAAACACGUCUAUGUAAUAGGCUACCUCAUUUCCAGUAAUUGCUACACUAAUCUAUAGACUUCACACUGUCCCAUUCCAAACACAGGUAACGUUACAAUUGUUUUUUUAUUCGCAGGACGCUUUUCCGACUUUUUCUGAGUGUAACGUGCCUUCACAAACCAUAACAAAUGGCACUGGACGGAUGUGGCCAGAUUUGCAAGUGUAUCCUCAUCAUUUUCAACAUAAUCUUUGCUCUGGUGGGGCUUGCAAUGUUGGGGUUGGGUUUGUGGAUAAGGCUGAGCUCUGAGACCAAAGGAAUUUUCGACAUAAACCUCAACACACAAGCAUUUGUCAUUGGUGUGACCGUGUUGAUUGUGUUAGGAGCAGUGCUUUUGCUCGUGGCAGUUUUUGGAGAAUAUGGAGGAUGCAGUGAGAACAGAACUGCCUUGGGAGUGUUCGCCUGCCUGCUGUCCAUCUUGACUGGAUUACAGAUUGCAGCCGGAGUAAUUGCCUACGUGCAACGCAAUGAGGUAGGGAAGCAGAUGGUCGAUUUUUACAUCAGUGUUUACUCCCAGUAUGUCAACAAAAGAGACCCAGGCCUGUCUGUUACCUUGACCAUCAUUCAAAACACGUUGCAAUGCUGCGGAAUCAUUGGUGCCUUGGACCCCUUUGUCAAAAAAACAUGUCCUGAAACUGGAUUUUUGGAGACCUUUACUUUCCCUGCCUGCCCCACUGUCAUUCUCAACCUGUUCGAGUCCAAAGGACCUUUGGUGAUGGGCCUCUUCUUUGGGAUUGCUGCUAUGCUGAUCUUAGCCCUGGUGUGCUCCAGCAUCCUCGCCAAACAGAUCAAGACGAGUCGCCUGCCCUUCCUGGUGCACAACACCUAGGCUGUGUACUGAGAGGACCGCCUCCUCCGCCACGCUCAAACACCACGAGAGGCUUGUCAUUCACUGACCAUUACCAGAUAAAUCCCCACUUCCUUCAUUACAUUUCUUUAUAUUUGAUGCCUAAUACAGUCCUAAGUAGCUUUCAUUCCACUGGCUGGCCUGUGUUUUUGCGGCUGGAAAAGGAUUUAGAUAAUUUGGACCUGCUAUUAGCAGGGCUCAGAUGGAGACCACACCAUCCAUUUUAAUGACAAAGAAACCUUUUAGGUCAGAUGUCUUUCAGGAAUUGUAACCCAAUGUUAAAACUACAUAUAAAUUAUAUACAUAUUUAUAUUUGUUCUUGCUGAAGUGAAUGCUACUUAUUCUGAAGGGACCAUUUUAUUGGGAAUUGAGAACACUGGUGUAAAAGAAUCCUGUUUAUGUUGUUUUUAGCUUUCAUUAACCUGUUGCCCUUUUCCUAUCAUCAAAGCAGGUAUUAGGGUUGUGUUUAGGGGUUGUGUUUGUGUUUUUUAAACUGUUUAGAUUUCUGUUUAGAUAUUUAAACUGUAACAAUAUGUGGUGUAAUCCAAUCUUUAGUCAGUCCAAUGACAAAUCAUGGGCAACCUGAUUACUCCAGAGAACUACAGUACCACAUCUUCAGUGCCCAGUUAAGCAGCAGUAAUGGAGGCUAGUGUGUUUUCUGGAAUCAGAUGUCCAAAUAGAGUGCCUUGGUACAAUCAGACAGGAGUGUGGAAAUGCCAUUGUCCUGCUGUGGGGUUCGAAUCCCAGAAGCCUUAACUUGGCUGCCAGUGUCCUAUUUUUAGUGGAAGAACUAUCAUUGACUGAAUGAUCUGGUGAGGUUAAUAAUUUGUCAUGUAAAACGUUUUAAUCUAGUGGUCUAUUAUAAUUUCCUAUGAUUAUUUUCAACUGUGAAAUGCUUGUGUAAUUUUGGAAACUCGUACUACAGGCUACUGAUUUUCUUUUGUUAGUUCUUGUUUCUUUAUACAUUGUUUGAUGCUGUACUGCAUAGUUUGAUAAAGAAUAAAUUGUCA